AUGAAAGUUAUCGUUCAGUACAAACUCGACCCGUUACCGCUCGAACCCGAAAGCUUGUAUAUCACACUCAGCGAUAUCGGUGACAAGGCUGAAUUUCAUUGGGCAUUAUAUCUCGCGAAAAAUCCUAAAGCAAAGGAGGAUACGGGGAGUCUAUAUCAUGCUACCAACAGUACUGUCUUGAAAGGAUUCUGUUUUCAAGUGAGGCACGAUUACAACCCUAACGUGUCUGUUACUUUUCUAACAGCGGUGAGAAUUGCUGUCAUACAUCCAGACCUUUGGGACAGUCUGGGGAAUGUAUUGAGUCCGCCAGAUGUGCAUUCAGAUGGAAAUCUUCCCAUUAAUGAGUCGACUACUUGUCGUACCUGGGUUUUGAGGGCGCUUCAGAUCCUUGAUGAUUUUAGAUAUAUCAAGCUGAAGGACGAUGCUCUCCAAAAAGUUGAGAAGCAAUGCUUAGAAAUUGCACAACGGAAUCUGAUCGGGAAGGACAGAACUGUUCAAAGAAGCUUGUACAGUAUUACUUGA